AUGGAAAAUAAUCAGCAGUCGCAUUUUGCCACUAACUCUAAGCCCACUUACACCAUCCCCAAGUUUUCAAAGAAAAGACUCAGAGAGAAUGACGAGUCAUCCAUCAAUGAUCUGAUAACUGAGUUACAGUAACAGCAAAGAGAACAGAUGCAGGGUGUUUAGCUCUCGAGCAUGCAAAUGCACCAAAGCAAGAGAUUCUGUAGCAACUAACUCGAAGAGCAGUUCAGAAAGACCCGCCUCAACUCCUGUGGGGGCAGCAGCAAUAACAGUGCCUCUUCCCAGAACAGCCUCAGUGGGCAGAACUACUACUACACCCUCAACCACGCUAUGAACCUAGCUAAUCCACAGCUAUUGCAGUAGCAAUAUGUGAGUUAGAUGUCUUAAGUGCUUCACAAUGGUGCAACUAAUGGACAAAACUCAACCAUCAUGAGUGCAGCUAAUGGUCAGUACCAGAUGCAAAUUGCUAGCAACUCCAAUUCAGCUUACCCAAGAAGCCAUCAAGUAACUCAUCACAAUGGGUACAAUGGGUAGGGUUAUGAAGCAAGUAGUCAGAUGCUGGAGGAUCAUCAAAUGAAUGACUCAUGUGUGAGCAGCAGACACUCAUCAGCAUCUUAUCAGAAUAAGGAUGAACUGAUCAGGAGGUAAAAGGACAUCAUCAAAAAGUAAUUGCAUAUGUACAAGUAAUAGAUGCACUUUUGGAAUGGUAACCUCAGAACCGACUGUUGCGAUGCAGAUCUGCCAAACAUGUGA